CCACAUGAUCGAAGGGAAAACACGAGAAGACCCGAUAAACACACGUAUAUGUUCUUGAAGGAAAGCACGUUUUCGUGAGGUUUUUGAGAAAAUUAUCGAUAUUUUUAACCUAGUGUAUAGUUCUAAUCGGUUUUGAAGACAGAUCCGUCACGUUCUGCAACAUUUUGGCCAUCAAUUGCUGCUGGAUACCCUUCGAUUACUGGAUAAACUUGGCCAGCUUUAGCCUUCAAUUGGUUUGUUAUUGUUUUCAGGCCACCGUUUUAAGGCCACUUGUUGAGCGAAUCAACUACACCAUCUGAAUUCAGGGUAUAACUUUCAAAAAGGUGUCGUGAAUAAGCUGUUGUUGUAUUCAAGAAGAAUAAAGCCUUUGCCGAUUGCAUGCGCCGUGCAUAGCUUGGGAGAAGGACUCCAAUCCUCUUCUGCAAGACCAGCACUGUUGUGAGAGAAGAAGGCGAGUUGUGGGUGGACACAGAAAAUCUCAGGAAAGGAGCUUAUUGGAUCCAUUAUGGAUGUGGAUGGAAGCAGCACUGUACCUACAGCAUCUGUAGGGAUGUUCCAGUCCAAAGGCAUUAACGGAACACAGUUUGGGAACAAUAGGCACGGAAAGCACGAGCAAGGACGUCGUCACCGAAGCAAAAGUGAAGGCUACGAUUUGCACCAUGCUCCAGAUGUGAAUGAGAUUCUGAAAGAAGGGGUUGUAAAACCCGUUAAAGAUAAAACCCAUGAUCGCAAGCCCAGGAACAAUAAAGGCAGGGGUCAACCUAAAAAAGGUGGUGCUGGUGGAAAAGGCACAUGGGGCAAAGUUGGGGAGAUUUAUGAGGAAUAUGGUGAUUUAGAUGCCAAUGACCCCAAUUAUAACUCAGAGAAUGAGGAAUGUAUCAUGGAACAUGUGACACCUGAACUGCACAAUGACGAGUUUCAAAAGCAGAUGGAGCCUCUCUUACAGGAAUAUUUUGAUCAUGGAGAUACAAAGGAAGUUGCUGAUAUUAUUUCAGGCUGGAACAUUUCCCAUUUGAAGCACCAAAUUACAUCUUUAUCCAUCACAAAGGCCAUGGACAAGAAGGCCCCCCAAAGAGAAAUGACAUCCAGGUUGCUGUCAGAUCUUUAUGGACACAAGAUUCUGCAUGAAGAUGAAGUUGAACAAGGUUUUCAGGUUCUGAUGAAUGGUCUUUCUGAUUUGACACUGGACACCCCUGAUGCACCACAGCUUCUUGGCCAGUUUAUGGCUAGAGCCAUUGCUGAUGAUAUACUGAACCCAAAUUUUGUCAAAGAGUUCGAGCACCCAUCAGACCUUGGAAGGCAGGCUGUUAACAAAGCAAAUGCCUUGUUGAAAAUGAAGCAUGGCAUUGUUCGCCUGGACAAUGUUUGGGGAGUUGGUGGUGGUUUAAGACCUGUAAAGGUGCUAUCAAAAAAGAUCAUUUUGCUGCUUAAAGAAUACCUGUGCUCCAAGGAUUCAAAAGAGGCCCUUAGGUGCGUGAAUGAUCUGGAUGUCCCACAUUUCCAUCAUGAAAUUGUUUAUGAAGCGAUUUUACUUGUUUUGGAGUCAGGAACUGAAAGCAUCAUGGACUCCAUUAUCCAGCUUCUCAAGGAAUUUUCUGACAGCGCCCUGAUCACAAAGGAUCAACUUAUAAAUGGAUUCCAGCGUGCAUACAAAGCAAUGGAUGACAUUGUUUUGGACUCACCUCAUGCCUACCAAACACUGCAUUCAUUUGUUGACAAAUGUGCUCGAGCAAGAGUUGUGUCUCUCUCUCUCAGGGACCAAGCACCUUCAAGGGGACGUAAACGGUUUGUCAGUGAAGGAGAUGAUGGGUCUAUGAAGUUUCAAGCCCCUAAACAUUAACAAUGGACUCACAUUGAGUGACUUGAGCUUAAUGAUCUUUCAUUAAGUAUGAACAAAUGAUGACAUCAGGGCUGUGCAAUUUGUCGCUUGGCUAAAAUAAAACAUAUGGAAAUCAAAUUUAGCAGUUAUUUCUAGAUCAUGUUGUUCAUGUAUUGCUCAAAAUUUUCAGAUCCUUUACACCAAACAUUCUUGCCUAUUAAAUAGUUAAGGCACAACACACCUUUGCUCCUGUAUAGCUUGAAAUCAGUUUAUUUUUAUGAAAGUGUUCCAAUUUUGCUAUGGAUUAUAGCAUACAGAGAUAACAUAAAUUACUAUAACUUUGAAUUCUUCCCUUUUUUAUACAGAUUUAUUCGGGUGAAGUCAUUAUAUCUUUUUAUGAUAUUUAGGCCAUAGUUUGAUACAUUUAUGAUCAGCAACUUGGGUUCA